AUGGUCCUUUACUACAGCGAAGGCUCGCCGACGACCGAGAUCUCGGACGAUGGGCUCAAGCAAGCGCUCUACACCGCGCUGGACAAGCUCCACGGCAAGGCAAAGCGCAAGGUCAUGCUCGUGCCCCCCGACUUUACCCGCUUCCACUCCAAGUCGGGCAUCGUGACGCAGCACGCCUACGCCUACUUUGGCGAGCACGUGACCGACAUCAUGCCCGCCCUCGGGACGCACGCGCCCAUGACGCCCGAGGAGAUCACCAAGAUGUUUGGCAACGUGCCGCAUGACCUCUUUCGCGUGCACGAUUGGCGGAACGACGUGGUCACGAUCGGCGAGGUGCCGAAGGAGCUUGUGCAAGAGGCCAGCGACGGCCAAGUGAACGAGCCAUGGCCGGCGCAGCUCAACAAGCUCAUUUGGGAGGGACAGCACGACCUCGUGCUCUCGAUCGGACAAGUGGUGCCGCACGAGGUCAUGGGCAUGGCCAACUACAACAAGAACCUCUUCGUGGGCACAGGGGGCAGCGACGCGAUCAAUUUCUCGCACUUCAUCGGCGCCGUCUACGGCAUGGAGCGAAUGAUGGGCCGCGCCAACAACCCGCUUCGACGCAUCCUCAACUACGCGUCUGAGCACUUUCUGCGCGACCUGCCGCUGCUCUACGUGCAGACGGUCAUCGGGCGGCGCGAUGACGGAUCGGUCGUCACGCGCGGCGUCUUCAUCGGCGACGACGACGAGUGCUUUACGCGCGCGGCGGCGCUCUCGCUCCAAGUCAACUUUACGCUGUUGCCGUCGCCCUUGGACGACGUGGUUGUGUACCUGGACCCGGACGAGUUCAAGACGACGUGGCUUGGCAACAAGAGCAUCUACCGCACGCGCAUGGCGAUUGCGGACCACGGGACGCUGGUCGUGCUCGCGCCCGGCGUCACGCACUUUGGCGAAGACAAGCAGAUCGACGUGCUCAUCCGAAAGUACGGCUACCGCACGACGCCGGAGGUCCUUGCGCACAUCCACGCCAACCGCGACCUCAUGAAGAACCUCAGCGCUGCCGCGCACCUCAUCCACGGCUCGUCCGAGAACCGGUUCCGCAUCGUGUACGCCUGCGCGCCGAACGGCCUCACGCAGGACGAGGUCGAGGGCGUUGGCUUUGAGUACGCGCCGCUCCAAGCCAUGCUUGAGAAGUACAACAUCGUCAACCCCUCGGCGCAGCGCGACGGGUGGCACGAGGCCAAUGGCCGCCGCUUCUACUACAUCUCCAACCCCGCGAUGGGGCUCUGGGCGUACGAAGGGCGGUUUGAGGCGUCGUCGACCGCCGCCAAAGCCCCGCAAGCGGCAGUGCCCAGCACGCUCCUCACGGCCGCGCAGUCGAACCAAGUGUGCUUGGAUGCUGGCGUCGGCGGCGGCCCUUUUACCAAACGCGACCAUAUGUAG